AUGGCCAACGGAAAGAAUGUCGUGGCCAUGUUAUUUCUCACCACCAUUGUGGCGGUGGCGGCCACAAGGCCAGCCGACACCUAUGGCGCUGCGGAGGAGAACACAUUGAAGAUGGCUACCCCCAGCAGGAAAGGGGUUGACGCUACAUUAGCAGCUACACGUGUUGUUGCCGCCGAGAAGUCCAUCAAGAAGGCUGAAAGCGCCACCACAUCAGAAGAGGCCGCGGCUGCCAAGCAAGAUGGAGCAAAAUCUGCUUCUGCUGCAUUAAAGUACAAUGCCAUCUCUCAGCAGGCAACUGGUAAAGGUUCUUCUACCUCCCCAAGCAGGAAAGAAGCAGCCGGUACUUUAGUCGCCACACACUAUGCUGCCGCCGAGAAGUCCAUCAAGAAGGCCGAAACCGCCACGACACCUGAAAAGGCCGUGGCUGCCAAGCGAGAGGCAGCAAAGUCUGUUGACGAUGCAUUAAAGUAUGGUGCCGUCUCUCAGAAAGCAGUUGGUGCAAGUUCUUCUACCUCCCCCAAUAGGAAAGAAGCCACCACUGACUUAGCAGCUAUGCACAUUGCUGCUGCUAAGAUGUUCACCAAGAAGGCCGAAACUGCUACCACACCUGAAGAGGCCGCGGCUGCCAAGCGAGCUGCAGCCAAGUCUACCGCUGCUGCAUCAAAGUAUGAUGUCAUUUCUCAGCAAGCAGCCAGUACAAGUUCUUCUACCUCCCCCAAUAGGAAAGAAGCUGCCGGUACCUUGGCAGCUGCAUGCAUGGCUGCUGCCGAGAAGUCCAUAAAGAAGGCUGAAACCACCACCAGACCUGAAGAGGCAGCAUCCGCUAAGAAGGAUGACGCGAAAUCUGAGGCUGAUGCAAUGAAGUACGGGGCCAUCCCUCAGCAGGCCGCCGGUAAAAAUGGUGCCUAA